AUGAAGGGUUGCUUCAACAUCACGGCAACCUUAGGUUUAGCAUUCUCCUUGUUCCUCAUCUUCUUCCCUCACUCUUGCUUUUCUCGCAAGAUAAGUAGUAGUGCAAGUGUUAACAAUGGUUCAAACAUCUUCAAUGUGCUCGACUAUGGAGCUGUUGCAGAUGGAAAAACGGAUAAUUCACAGGCUUUUCUGAAAGCAUGGAGCGAUGCCUGUGGAGCAUCAUCAUUGGCCAGCAACAUGCCAACUCUGGUUGUACCAGCCGCCGGUAACCGUGAAUUUCUGUUGAACCCUCUGGUUUUCCAAGGUCCAUGCAACUCCUAUCGCCUUCACUUUCAGGUGGGAGGUAGGAUAGUGGCGCCCGACGAGACUGAUGAGGCAGCGUGGAGGAAUAACAGGCAGACAUGGAUUGCAUUCUUCAACGUCGACGGCCUGAGCUUGAACGGCGGCGGCUCCUUCGACGGCCGCGGCCAGCUUUGGUGGGAUUUAUGCAAAAACGAAGACUUCAACUGCACUCGGCCCACGGCGCUGUACUUCAACAACUGCAACCGCCUCCGGCUGAGCAAGCUCCGCCACCUCAACAGCGCGAAGAACCACAUCGGCAUCUCCGCCUCCAACAUCGUCCGAAUCUCCCGCCUCGCCAUCGCCGCCCCCGGCGACAGCCCCAACACCGACGGCAUCGACAUCUCCGGCUCCUCCUACGUCCGCGUCCGGGACACCGUCAUCGGCACCGGCGACGACUGCAUCGCCAUCAACGGCUUCUGCUCCCACGUCGACGUCGCCCGGGUCGCCUGCGGGCCGGGCCACGGGAUCAGCGUCGGCAGCCUGGGGGAGGACGGCGCUUACCAGACGGUGUCGGACGUCCGCGUCGCCGACUGUGUUUUUAACCGGACGCUUAGUGGCGCCAGGAUCAAGACUUGGCAGGGCGGGAGUGGGUACGUAAAGAAUGUCACUUUCGAGAGACUAAGGAUGAUCGACGCCGGGAACCCAAUCAUAAUCAACCAAGACUACGUCAACAACCGCACCGGCAGCCCGCCGUCGAACAUCCAGAUCAGCGACGUCACAUACGACGGCGUAUCGGGCACUUCGAGCGUCCCCAGAGCAAUCUACUUCCACUGCGAGGAGGGCACCUCGGGGAACGGCUGCGACGGGAUUGUACUGAAAGACGUCCACAUCGCGGCGGCGGCGGCCGGCGUGGAGACUUACGCCGUCUGCGUUAACGCCCACGGCACUUCCACGCCGUCCAAUUUUCCUAGCGUCUCUUGCCUGGCGCCUUAA